AUGGAAGCUCAACUUUCCACCAUUUUGAUCUCUUUUGUGCUCUCCCUCCUACCAUUGUUGCAAUUUUCUUGGGCUGCUCAUAUUGAUGCCAUAACUCCCGACCAACAACUCAAAGAUGAUGGUAACCUUACUACUUUGAUUUCCCCGGGCCAAACAUUUGAGAUAGGCUUCUUCUCUCCCCCCGGAAAUUCAAAGAACAGGUACUUGGGAAUGUGGUACAAGAGGAAGCCUGAAACAAUUGUCUGGAUUGCCAACAGAAACACCCCGCUGACCGAGUCAAAUGGCGAAUUCGCCAUUAAUGAAGGGAAACUUGUUCUUCUCAAUAGCACAAGGAGCGUCAUUUGGUCCCCAAAUGUAUCAAGCAACGUUGCAAAUGGUCCGAUUGCUCUGCUUUUGGACAGGGGAAAUCUGGUGCUUCAAGAGCAAGAAAAUGCGAACAGUGACAUUUAUCUAUGGCAAAGCUUUGAUUAUCCUACUGACACACUCUUAAAUGGCAUGAAGCUUGGAUGGGACUUGAAUACUGGCUUCGAACGAUACUUGACAUCGUGGAAAAGCGCCGAUGAUCCAUCCAGUGGUGAUGUUACUUACAGGAUGAACAUAACCAGUGGGCUGUUUCAAACAUCACUUAAGGUGGAUAUGACUAAAAAAUAUCGGUCGGGGAUAUGGAACGGAAUUCGAUUCAGUGGAGUGAAAGAGCAGCUUGUGCUAACCGUUUUCAAUAUUGUACAUGUAUUUGAUGAGGAUGAGGCAUACCUAAUGGUUAAGCGUACUGACAACUCUUCGAUUUCGCUUGUACAGUUGAAUUAUUCGGGUUUCUUGCAGCAUCUUGUUUUGCUGAAUGAAACUUCUAAAUGGACUGCUAUGUACACAUUGCCAACUGAUGAACAAUGUGAUAGUUAUGGCUACUGCGGUGCUAAUGCAAUGUGUACAAGUGGUCAAUAUCCAGUACUAUGCGACUGUUUGAAGGGCUACACACCAAGCUCUGAAGAAGAAUGGAGAGGUCUAACUUGGUCCAAGGGAUGCAUGAGGAAGACGCCAUUAGGUUGCGAAAAAGGAGAAGGAUUUGCAAAGGUUGCGGCGGUAAAAUUGCCAAACUUGUUGGAUUUUUCAUUUAACAAGAAUAUGAGCCUUAGAGAAUGCAAGGAGGCUUGCUUGAACAACUGUUCUUGUAUCGCUUAUGCUAAUUCUGAUAUCACGAAAGGGGGCAGUGGCUGCUUGAGGUGGUUUGGUGACUUGAUUGAUAUCAGAGAUAUGCCGGAGAAAGGUAGCGAACAAGAUCUCUAUAUACGACUCUCUGCCGCAGAAAUGAAAUCAAUCCGUGAUGCGAAUAAGAAGAAAACACUAAAAGUAAACAAGUGUUUCCAUCACCACUCACUGUCUGAAUAUAUUUCUGAAAAUCAAAUGGAUUGUAUGUCAUGGAUAUUUUACAUGUUUAAACUAAUAGGUAAAAGCAAGGAUGAAGAUGUAGACCUGCCUACAUUUGAUUUGGCUGCAAUUGUUGCUGCUACCAACAACUUUUCCCCAGCAAAUAUUAUAGGAGCUGGUGGAUUCGGUCCUGUCUAUAAGGGGAAACUUUCUACAGGACAAGAUAUUGCAGUGAAGAGACUGUCAAAGAAUUCAGGACAGGGUCUUAAAGAGUUCAAGAAUGAAGUCGAAUUGAUUGUAAAGCUUCAACAUAGGAAUCUUGUUGCUCUUUUGGGUUGUUGUAUUCAAAAAGAAGAAAAGAUAUUGAUCUAUGAGUACAUGCCAAAUAAGAGCUUGGACCAUUACAUCUUUGAUGGCAAAAGAUGCACAACACUGCCGUGGCACAAGCACUUCAACAUUAUCCGAGGCAUUGCAAGAGGUCUUCUUUACCUACACCAAGAUUCUAAACUUCGGAUUGUUCACCGAGAUCUCAAAGCGAGUAAUAUUUUGCUAGACAACAAUCUUGACCCUAAGAUUUCAGAUUUCGGUUUGGCUAGGAUUUUCGGUGAUGAUGAUAGAGAAGAGAAAACAAAAAGAAUUGUUGGAACAUAUGGCUACAUAUCACCAGAGUACGUAAUUGAUGGGAAGUUCUCUGUCAAAUCAGAUGUUUUCAGCUUUGGUGUGGUCAUGUUAGAGACCGUUAGCGGUAAAAAGAAUAGAAGCUUCAAUCACAAAAAUCACCAGCAUAACCUUUUGGGACAUGCAUGGUUGCUGUGGAAUCAAGGCAAAGCCUUGGAUCUAAUGAACGUGUGUUUCAAUGAUUCAUACGUCGAAUCUCAGGUGCUGAGAUGCAUUCAAGUGGGUUUGUUAUGUGUCCAAAAGUUCCCAUACGACAGACCAACAAUGUCGUCCGUGGUUUUCAUGUUGGAAAAUGAGGGAUCUAUCUUGCCUCAACCUAAAGAGCCUGGUUUCUUCAUGGAAAGGAGUUCAAUGGAAGAGGGCUCCACAUCAGAAUAUUCACGUUCUGAAAAUAUAGUGACUGUAACGCUUCCGAGUGGUAGAUAG